GGUUGCAUUUUUAUUUUCUCAGAGUUUCUGUUCAACGCUUACGGGCAGAAACGGCGCUUGGAAAAUCUCCCCACAAUCGACGAAAAAAUCUGAACUUGAUGCCUACCCUUUAUAGCUGAAGGGCGUGUUCGUGUGAAUUCAUGCUAGUUUUUCAGUGAUUUGAGCCAAUUCACAUUGAAAUCUAUCGAUUGUUGUUGACAUAUAUAUAGAUGGGUUUUCCUAAGAGUGAUGGUGAAUUGAGCUCUAACCUUUCUGUUUUUGAAGGAAUUGGCAUUGCUCUAUUGACUAUGGUUAUGAGUUUCGUUAUGAGACUAGGAAUGUUAAUAUCAUUGUGUCCGGCUUUCGAGGGUGGCGGUAGAAUAGUUUUCGACCAACUUAUGGUAAAUGAGUACCCACCUGAAGUGGGUUUGUCCCGUCAUGUAGACACCCAAUCUGCAUUUGAAGAUUUAAUUUUCAUCCUUGUAUAAUGGAGUUCAGAAGAUAUGGAAAUGGUGAUUGGUUUCCUAGAGAUGCCUCAAGUACUGUCACAAAAGAAGAAAGUCCUGAUGAUGGCUAUCUAUCCUCCCCUUCGAUCUUUGCUACUCUUGUCUGGAGAAACAUGUUAUGGAUGGCAUCAUCACAUUCCACACCACGAGGUUAGGGCAGGCCGCAGGUUUAUGCAAAUGUGAAUUCCCUCUGUAUUGUGAUUCUCAAAGACGAGUUUUCACCAAGAUGCUAGGAGAAAGUUCAAUAUAUAAUUCACCAAAUAUCUCCGUUAUUGAGAGUUGCAACAAGCAUAACCUGAGCUGAAGCAGGGCAAACCAAUCUAUGGGCCAAAAUCAAACCACGGGCGGUCUUCAAAGAUAUUCGCACUACCUGCCAUAGACACAUCUACAAGCUGGCCUGUCUCAUCAAUGGUGACCAAGAAGUGGUUGAGCAUCGUUGUUGACGGAAACGCAGCUUUGAGGCCUCACUGGCCACACAUUGUUUCAGAAUAUCUUGAAAAGAUUGUCAGGCGCUUCUUGAUUAACUGCGAUGAAGAGGGAGCUUAUCUUGGAUUACUACACUAUAAUACAAACUUUGAUGCAGGUUACACCGUCAGAUUUGUCGAAUGGACAAAAGAUGUGAAUAGAUUUUUACAAGCUCUAUCGAGUUUAUCUUUCAAUGGAAAUAGUCAAGAUCAAUAUACCAUGGCAGAUGGCCUAGCUGAGGCUUUAAUGAUGUUCUUGAAACCCUUUAAUUACAUAAUGACAAAAGAAGAAUACAACAGUGCAGAAAGACACUGCCUUCUGGUGACUGCUGGUGACCCAAUUCCUAGGAGAAUGUUAGUGUCUAUGCCUUCCAUUCGAGAAGGACAAGUUGUUGGCCCACAUGAAAAGGAUUGUAUGGCUGAUUUCCUUGAAGUGGCUAAAAUGUUUGUCCAGCUAUCUGUGUCCCUAUCAGUGAUAACUCCUAAUGAAUCUCUAAUUUUCAGAGCAAUAUUCAAUAAGGGGAAUAAUGUUUCUUCAAUGGAAAAUUCUUCUAUCCCCAAUUAUGGAAUUAAUCAGUAUAUUGUUUUAUUAUCAAGAAACUUUCAGGAGGCACAUGUUGCCCUUCAUGAAAACUUAAUGGUGACCUUACCUGCACAAAGAGAAGGUCAAUCCUCAGCGCAUCAAGUAACCAUGGGUGAUCAAAUCACUGAAGAUCCCAAUGCUUUGAGAAAUGAGUCACCCCUGGUUUUCCCAAAUGCAACAAAUUAUAUGCAUGCAUCUUCCCCUAGCUUUGAGUACCCAAUGAAUCAUUUUGAUGAUAUUGUGCCUGAUCUGGGUGCUGAGAAUGACUUUUUGAGAGCAAGUAAAAAACCCAAGACAUUUACAGCAUUGGAAGAUGGCAUUCCAGAAAAUCUUUUUCAUCAAGAUGAACUUAACUCUACUGUCAUCAACAAUUCUGUUAGAGAAGAGCAAAGAAUGCAUACUGAGAAAAAUGUUCCGGUGGAGGCCAUUGAAACUGUUGAAACUGAAUUGGAACCGACAUUGAGAGUUGUUUCACAAAAUAUAUCAAAUAACCAAACUUCGAACAUGGACUUGACUGCAAAUUCAGAAGUAAACAUGUCAGGACAAGUUGUAGCCAACGCUGAACCCACUUUCACUACUGAACAAGGAUCUUCAACAAGACUACUUCAAACUUUGACUCCGAGAAGAGAUAAGAAUACAAAGAACCAUGUUAUCAGCUCAAAAAACUAUUCAACUUCUGCUUUCUCAGUACCUCAAUACCCUUCAAGUCCAUCGCCAUCAUGGACGGACCAAGCAGGACCAAUGCAACAAGCAUGUCAUCCCCAACUUGGUAUGACAAGCAUAUCAAGUAGAUUGGGGAUUGUUGAUCAAGAUGACCCUCGUCAAUUUCAUUAUGAUGCUUCAUUUGGUAGUUCCAUGAUUCCUAGUGCAGUAGAAAACUCACCCAUGCAGUUUCAACCAAACUCAGCACCAGUGGUCCCAGUGUUACAUGAUGCAACUAGUCAAUAUGUUAGAGGACCAAUGGGGAAUUUUUCAGGAAAACCUACAGAACAUGUUACUAUGACUUCUUAUGGUCCACUCAAUACUCCUCCAAUGGGACCAACCACUUCGGUUCCUCCUAUGCCCGGAAUGGCUCCAACAAUUUAUCCGGGACAACUUUUGCCUCCUCCAUCUCUUUCGGAUCUCCAAGACUAUGUGCAAACAUGGGAGGGAUCUUUAGCUGCAAAGUUUCAGCCGAAUCAUGUAUCUCUUAUUAAAGCGCAGGCCUUCAGUAAAGCAACGCCACCCUUCUCACUUACCCUUCAAUGGUCAAGCAGAUUAGAGAUAAGUAACUUCUUGCCUGAGAAGGCCGUAAAUUAUACAAAGUGCAGUUUGAGUAGACCCGUAUAUUACGUGUUCUUAAACACCCUAUCCAAGUCCAACAAACUUUACGAGCAUCUACUUAGCAAAAAACUGUGCGCGAAAAUUGAUUUCUCACAUCAAUCGUUGAUUUUGUCCCCAACAGAAAAGAAAUACUUCUUCCUUGGUUCAGUUUUUCCUAGAGGGACAACAUUUGUGGAACCUCGUUAAUCAUGCAUCUGGUAGCCAAAGCUGCUAUUGGAGCCAUGAGGGCGUGUAAGCAGAUGGGAGGAUCAGUCAUGAGAUUAUGCUCUUUUCUUUCCUUUAAGCUUUUAAUUGGUGAAGUUGAGACAAUUACAAGACUGUCACAAGGCAGAUCUUUGCGUUUUUUAUGUUCUAACAUGCAUAGUCUAAAUCUGAAAUAUUUGAAAUGUAUGUUAUGAUUUUCCUGAAGUUACUCAGAUUUUUAUUGAGAUUCAAAGGCUACAACCAUUACCUAAGGAGUUGUAAUCAUUUUUGAACUUGUUAAAUCCUUAUAUCCCCAUGUGAUGUUUUGGUGA